GCUACCCCUGUCGUCGAUGUGGAUCGAGCUUCCACAACCAUGUUCUCUUCUCCGCCCCACGACGACGACCAACGGCGGGGCCCAAACGACGACUACAUCCCCUCCAUGUGCUCCUUCCCCUGCUCCUCCCGCAUUGCCAUGAACGGGGCGGCGCCUACAGGCUGCUGCUGCUCCCUCGUCGGGGUCAAUAAGGAAGAAAGAGUCAGUCAGGAGAGAAGGUUCGACACAUAGAGAGGAUCCCUCGGGGCAACUCCACCGCCGGUGAGCCGUCGGGGUCGUUGGGGAAAAUGCGGCCAAGAAAGAGGAUUCGACACGAGUAAUUGAUGAGGCAGGCGAUUCGGGACGGAGGCAACAACUGCUGCGUUGGCGGCGCCGGUGCCAUGGCUCGCGCCCACGCUACCGGCGGCAGCCUGUAUGCCGAAGAGAACCAGCCGGGCGAGCCCCACGCCGCCGAGCAGGUGGUGCCCUGCCAUGAGGGGAAGCAGCUGGUUCGCGCCGAUGCGGAGCUCAGCGGGCAGAAAAGAAGUGGUUUUCUGCAAUUUACUCCGUCCUCUGAAAACGCGAGUUGAGCCACUUUUUUUUUCAGCACAUGACCCACCACUUCUAUCCGUCCUCUGAAACGCAUCUUCUCCUUCCUUCCUUCCCUAUAAAUACACGAGUGCCACUUCCUCAGGAAAACCACAGUGAUACUUCCGUUUGGCAACCUAACACACAACAGAUACUCUUUUAGCCAGGAGACACAAAUCUCACGCCCUCUCGAGGCACUGCAAGCCCGGCGACGAUGAUCGGCGAGAUGGACGCGGACAUGGUCGUAGGAUACUUCGGCGGCAAGAGCAUGCUCAUCACCGGUUCAACUGGGUUCUUAGGAAAAGUUCUCGUGGAGAAGAUUCUGAGGGUGCAGCCUGAUGUCAAGAAGCUCUUCCUCUUGGUUCGUGCUCCCGACAUCGAAUCCGCAAAGCUUCGGAUUCAGACUGAGGUCACAGGGAGGGAGAUCUUUCUAGUUCUGAAAGAAAAACAUGGUAUGGGGUUCGACGAUUUUAUCGAAGAAAAGAUCUGCCCUUUGGCAGGAGACAUCAUGUAUGAGAACUUUGGACUAGACACUGCCAACCUGAGAGAAUUGUCCAAGGACAUAGACAUCAUCGUCAACAUAGCUGCCACUACAAACUUCUCUGAAAGAUACGACGUGGCUUUCGAUGCUAAUGUCUUGGGAGCGAAGCACGUCUGCGCGUUCGCAAGGAAGUGUACGAAACUCAAGAUGCUGCUUCAUGUUUCAACUGCCUAUGUAGCUGGUGAACUAGAGGGGCUAAUACUAGAGAAGCCGUUCUUGAUGGGUGAGACACUAAAGGAGGGCACACAUUUGGACAUCGAAUCCGAGCUAAAUCUGAUCAGAGAGACCAGGAGAGAGCUGAAGGCUAACUGUUCUUUGGAGAAGGCUGAGAGGAGAACCAUGAAGGAGCUUGGCCUCAAGAGGGCUCGGCAGUUUGGGUGGCCAAACACAUAUGUCUUCACCAAGGCAAUGGGGGAGAUGCUGCUGGGGCAUCUGCGAGGGGAGCUUCCCGUGGUCAUCCUCCGGCCGAGCAUCAUAACCAGCAUCCUCAAGGAGCCAUUGCCUGGAUGGAUGGAGGGAAUCAGGACGAUCGACGCGGUGGUCAUCGGCUACGCCAAGCAGACCUUGCCAUUCUUCCUGGUCGACCUCAGUUUGAUAAUGGACGUGAUUCCGGGGGACAUGGUGGUGAACGCCAUGAUGGUGGCCAUGGCGGCGCACUCCGAGGAGCGGGCGCAGACCAUCUACCACGUGACGUCGUCGCUGCGCAACCCGGCGCCCUACGCGAUCCUGGCGGACACGGGGCACCGCUACUUCUACGACAACCCGCCGCGCACGGGGAGGAAGGGCGAGCCCGCCCGGCUGAACAAGAUGCGCUUCUUUAGCACGGUGGCGCGGCUGAGCCUGUACAUGGCCGUCAGGUACAGGCUCCCGCUCGAGAUGCUUCGUCUGGUGAACAUUGCGCUCUGCGGCGUCUUCUCGCGGCGCUACGACGACCUCAGCAGGAAGUACAGGUUCAUCGUGCAGCUCAUUGAGCUCUACGCGCCCUACAGCUUGUUCAAAGGAUGCUUUGAUGACAUGAACACGGAGAGACUAAGGAUGGCGAUGAAGAAGGAGCAAGAUGAGAACGGUGCAGAAGAAUAUUACUUCGAUUUCGAUCCCAAGUCCAUCAACUGGGACAGCUAUUUCUAUGGUGUUCACAUCCCCGGUGUGCUCAAGUACAUGCGUGAUUGAGUUUUUUUUUUCUUUUUUUUUUUGCGUGAUUGAGUUAUAUUUAACUACGCAAAUUUCCAGCCAAGUUGGUAGAAUCAUUGAAAUUUGAGAAUAAUUGUCUCUCUUUUUUUUGAAUGAUUUAAACAUUGAUGACCAUGCCUACCGAGCGGUAACAAUUGUCUCCCUUUGUUAUGCAGCUCUUAUUUA